AUUCCCUCAAAUUUAAAACUGUUAGAAUCUAUCAAAAACUUUAUAGGGUAUUAUCAAGUUCCCGGUUUUUUUUGGAUUAUAAGACACUGAUAUUAUAUGAGUUUAAAAUAUUGAAUAUUCGUUUAUGUUAUUAUUUUCGGUUUCAAUAAUUACGAAAUUAGUUAUCUAGUGAAUUUAUUGUUGAAUUAAAUAAUAAUAUUAUAAAAUGGCAUCAACUGCAGUGGCACUCCCAAGAAUAGCUGUAAAGGAUGAUGAGUCUGAGGAAGAUAAAGAACUUCAGGCUGAAUUAAAAUUACUUGUCGACAAAAUUACAGGUAACGAUAUACAGUUAAUUCAACCGGCGAUAGACAUGAUGAAAUAUAUAAUCCGCACUUCGACAACUUCCAUGACCUCCGUUCCAAAACCUCUUAAAUAUUUGGCUCCUCAUUACGAUUCGUUGAAAGAUGCCCACAAAAAAAUCCAAAAUGAACAAAUGGCCAAAAAUAUUGCAGACAUAAUAUCUCUACUUGCCAUGGGUACUGCCGGCGGAGAGGAAGCAAAAGCUAACAGAGAUUGCCUCAAAUAUUGUAUUCAAGGUACGAUGGAGAAUAUUGGAGAUUGGGGUCAUGAGUAUAUUAGACAGUUAGAGAAAGAAAUAGUUCAACAAUGGUCGUUUAACUGCGAGAAAAGUUGCGAAUCGUUAAUACCUCUUGUUCGCGAUAUAAUGUCGUUCAAUUGUUCGCACAACGCCGAAAUACAAGGGUGCGAUCUUCUUAUGGAAAUCGAUCGUUUGGAAAUGUUACCGGAUUAUGUGGCGGAAAAUAAUUACCAAAGGAUCUGUAUGUAUUUGUAUUCGUGCGCCAAAUACGUCGACGAGAUCGAAAGGACGAAAAUAAUGGAACUGGUAUGCGAGGAGUACAUGAAUUUCGAAGAAUUCGCCAAAGCUAUGAUUAUUUUCAUACAAAUCGACGCCAGACUGUCUGUUAGGAGAAUAUUCAAUUAUUGCGAAGACAAGGUUACUCUUUUUCAACUAGCAUUUAUAUGUGCACGACAUAAUUACCCAGUUGAAAUUGAUCCCGAUCACGAGUAUUAUGAUGAACUUAUCGGCAUUUUAAGUAACAGCUAUUUGAGCAAUUAUUUUUUAACGUUAGUCCGAGAGUUGGAUAUACUUGACCCGAAAUCACCUCAAGACGUGUAUAAAACUUGGUUAGAACCGAUUCCCCCACGGAUUACGAUAUUGGGUGAAGAUUUGGACAGCGCCAAACAAAAUUUGGCUUCUUCUUUUGUUAACGGUUUCGUCAACGCAGGUUUUGGUAACGACAAACUUCUUACGGUUCCAUCAGGAAAUAAAUGGAUCUAUCGUAAUAAAGAACAUGGAAUGAUGAGCGCAACGGCUUCUUUAGGCCUUCUUCAUUUAUGGGACGUGGAUGGUGGACUAACACCAAUCGAUAGAUAUUUGUAUUCGACUGAUGAUUAUAUUAAAUCUGGAGCGUUAUUAGCUCUCGGUAUCGUCAAUUGUAGAGUUCGAAACGAAUGUGAUCCUGCAUUAGCAUUGCUUGGAGAUUACGUGAAUUCAGAAAAUGAAAUACUUCAAAUUGGUGCUCUUACGGGAUUAGCACUAGCCUAUGCAGGUUCUCAUCGAGAAGAUGUAAUAGAUUUGUUGUUGCCGCUAGUAAAUACCGCCGAAUCCAUGGAAGUUCUUGGAAUAACUUGUUUAGCUCUAGGAUUUAUCUCUAUAGGUAGAUCGGAUAAUGGGAUACCAUCGGCGAUAAUAGGAAAAAUAAUCGAAAUGAAUAAUAACGAACUUCUCAAAUCGGCGUUUAUGAAAUUAGUCGGUUUAGGUUUAUCGUUGUGUUAUUUAGGAGCGAGAGAAGAUAUUGAAGUAACCAAUGAAGCUCUUAGCGUAAUGGAGGAACCUUUUAAAACUUGCACACAAACUACGUUAUUGAUGUGUGCUUAUGCGGGUACAGGCGACGUAUUAACUAUACAAGAAUUGUUGCGGAUCGUUGGUGAAAAGGUGGAAAUACCUGAAAAAAAGAGAAAGGAAAAAACCGAAAAGAAAGACAAAAAAGAAAAGACCAAUAGUCCCGAUAAACCAAAGGAAACAAAAAAAUUGAAAUUGGACUAUUCUAUGGGACAGGCAAUGGCUACUUUGGCUGUUGGUGUUGUUGCUAUAGGUGAAGAUAUCGGUAUUGAAAUGAUCCACAGAAUAUUUGGACAAGUUGCUCGUUACGGGGAGCCUUCUGUUCGAAAGGCUGUACCUUUGGCGAUGGCUCUGUCUUCAGUAUCAAAUCCCAAAUUGAAUAUUUGUGACGUUUUGACAAAAUAUUCCCACGACUCGGAUCCAGAUGUGGCGGUGAAUGCCAUUUUUGGUUUAGGUAUUGUCGGUGCUGGUUCAAAUAACGCCCGAUUAGCUGCCACUUUGAGACAACUUGCCGUUUUCCAUAAUAAGAAUCCUUCUGAAUUAUUUAUGGUGCGAAUUGCGCAAGGUUUGAUACAUAUGGGUAAAGGGACAAUGACUUUCGAUCCUAUGCACACCGAUAGAAUGUUAAUGGAUCCUGUAGGACUCGUAGCUCUUGUAACAGUGAUGGUGAGUUUAUUGGAACCGCAAAGCCUCAUACUCGGACCAUGUCACUAUUUGCUUUAUUUACUAUCUGCGGCAAUCCAACCUAGGUGGUUAUUAACUCUAGAUGAAGACUUGCGCACUUUACCAGUGACUGUUCGGGUAGGACAAGCUGUAGAUACAGUCGGUAAAGCUGGUACUCCUAAAACGAUUGCUGGAAUCCAUACUCAUGUAACCCCGGUGUUAUUGGCAACAGCUGAGAGGGCGGAAUUGGCUACUGAUGAGUUUGAAGUGGUUGCUCCUACUUUAGAUGGAAUCUGCGUUUUGAAGAGAGUUGAAGAAAAACCGAAUUGAUACACAAAUUCUGGUUUUAUUUUUUUUGUUUUGUAUUAGUUUGUUUGAAUCAGUAUUAUUUUGAAUAAAUACGAUUGUUUUUUUAUUUUUAUUAUUCACUUGUAGCUAAAUAUUUUAUUUUUUGUUUUGUUUUAAUAGUUUCGUAUUAGUUUGUUUUGGAUCAAUAUUAUUUUGAAUAAGUACGAAUGUUUUUUAUUAUUCUCUUAUAGCUAAAUAUUUUAUUUGUUUUGUUUUAAUAUUUUCAUAUUAGUUUGUUUAUUUUGUUUGGAUUUCUGUUUUGAAUAAAAACGACUUUUUUUUGUU